AUGACGUGGCACUUAAACCCUAGUUCUGGCGGUUCGGCUGUCGAGCGAACAAAAGAGAGAAGCUUUGUCCGUAUUGCAUCUCUCUCUGACAUCGUCAUUCAUUUUUUCCUUUUGAGAAAGAAAGUAAGGAUCUUUGGGUCUUCAAAUUCAAGUACUGCUAAAAUGUCUGCUCCAAGUCCAAUCCCUGCCGGCAUUACUAAGGAUCAGGCGUUUAACAUGGCACAAACGGAGAUGGAAUAUCGUGUGGAACUCUUUAACAAGCUUGCUCAAACAUGCUUUAGUAAAUGUGUGGAUAAAAGGUACAAGGAAAGUGAUUUAAACAUGGGUGAGAACAGUUGCAUUGACCGUUGUGUUUCCAAGUACUGGCAGGUAAAUGGAAUGGUGGGCCAGCUACUAAGUGUUGGCAAGCCUCCUCAGUAA